AUGAUUGCACUCCUUGUGUAUGUUGAUGAUAUUAUUAUCACAGGAAGUGAUAAGGAAGGUAUCAUAGCAACCAAGGAGUUUCUUAAAUCUAUGUUUGAGAUUAAAGACGUGGGAGAGAUGAAAUACUUCCUUGGAAUUGAGAUAUGUAGAUCCAAGGAAGGUUUGUUCAUGUCCCAAAGAAAGUAUACACUUGAUCUCUUGAAAGGUGCAGGUGCUUAUGGAGGCAAGAUAGGAAGAAUGCCUAUGGAGAAUGGUUACAAAGUACCAAGAGAGGGGGAGAUUGAAGACAGCAAACCAUUCCAGGAUCCUAAACUCUCUAGAAAACUAGUUGGCAAAUUGAUCUACCUUACCAUCACAAGGCCUGAUAUUUGCUUUGUUGUGAAUCAGGUGAGCCAACACAUGCAGAUACCUAAGGAGCAUCAUUGGCGCAUGGUAGAGAGGAUCUUGAUGUAUCUAAACGGUUCACCUGAUCAAGGAGUAUGGAUGGGCUGCAAUGGAAGCACAGAGGUUGUUGGAUACUGUGAUGCUGAUUGGGCUGGUGAUAGAGCUGACAGGAGAUCAACAACCGGCUAUUGCACAUUCAUUGGAGGCAACUUGGUGACUUGGAAGAGCAAGAAGUAA